GUGCUGAAAUGGAACGGAUAUGUUUGAUUCUUCUCCUUAUAAGUAAAACUCUUUCAGUCAGUGCACAGUUCAAUGGAUACAACUGCGAUGCUAACUACCACAGCAGAUUUCCUGCGGAGAGAGACAUCAGUGUUUACUGCGGGGUGCAGACCAUCACUCUGAAGAUCAACUUCUGCCCCGUGCUGUUCUCGGGCUACGUCGACACAGAUCUGGCCCUGAACGGUCGCCACGGCGACGCCCAUUGCCGAGGCUUCAUCAACAACAACACCUUCCCCACCGUAGUGCUCUUCAGCAUCAGCCUCAAUACGCUGGAGUCCUGCGACAACUCCCUGGUGGUCUCCACGGCUCAGGGGAUGAAUGCCUAUGGGAACCUCUCCCUGGUGCAGAUCGGAAAUAUAUCGGGGUACAUCGAUACGCCCGAUCCGCCCACCAUCAUCAGCUACUUACCGGGCCUGCUAUACAAAUUCAGUUGCAGCUACCCGCUUGAAUACCUGGUGAACAACACUCAGCUUGCUUCGUCAGCCGCUGCAAUAUCGGUGAAGGACAGCAACGGUACUUUCAUAAGCACGUUGAGUUUACUCCUGUACAAUGACUCCACGUACAGCCAGCAGCUGGCCAUCCCUAUGGCUGGCCUGACCCUAAAGACCCGUGUGUUCGCAGCUGUAAAGGCCACUAAUCUGGAUCGACGAUGGAAUGUUCUGAUGGACUACUGUUACACUACUCCCUCUGGGAAUCCUAAUGAUGAGCUUCGCUAUGACCUAUUCUUUAGCUGUGACAAAGACCCACAGACGACCGUCUUUGAGAACGGGAAGAGUCAGAUGGGCCGGUUCUCCUUUGAGGUGUUCCGCUUUGUCAAGCACAAGAACCAGAAGAUGUCCACUGUGUUCCUGCACUGCGUCACCAAGCUGUGUCGGGUUGACGACUGUGCCUUGCUCAUGCCGAUCUGUGGCAGCCGAAAGAAACGGGACGUGUUGCAGAAAACGGAACCGAGCUCCGUCUCUGGGAAUGCUGUCAUUACUGCUGGACCCAUCAUCACCCGCAGUGAUGAGACGCCAACAAACAAUUCCCAGCUGGUGCAGCUGAACGGGCCUGCGUUUCGGCUGAACUCUGUGACCAGUGCCCUGAUAUCAGGCGUAAUCAUCUUGGGAGUGAUGAGUCUGUGCUUCUUCGUCUUCUCGCUUACCCUUCUCCGGGGAAAGAGAGCGAGCCCAGCCUCCCUGUCAGGGGUCAGGAACCCCACCUUUAACUGACCCCCUGUGCCGAGCCUGUGAUUCUCUCAGCUGUCCUCUGCGUGAAGGGAGAGGAUGCUUGGAAUCGACAGUCUGUCUCACGUCAAACGUAAACGGUGAAUUCGGUGUGUAG